CCAGGUGUUGGUUCAGAUCAGUAUUCGUUUCUUCAUUCGAAAUGAGAAUCGUACCAGUGCUCAUGCGACCAGAUUCAGAUGAAGUGCUUGUGGAAUGAGUGUCCAUCGGCUCUCUUGUUUGCACUGUAUCUCUAUAUCCUCUUAUUCAACUAAUUCAGUUACCCUGAAAUCGAGAACCCUCAGGCCCGAUCCACGCUUCACGCAGUGCACAGACAUGAACUCCCACGUCCCGUCUAGUAACACCACAUCCAGUCGCCCCACUCCUUCUGAAGAAAUGGACCUGUGUAUAACUCAAGAAGUAGCAGAGACUACUCAAGUCCCUACGAUCUUUUCUGGCUCCAAUGCCAAGGAGGAGCUGAGGGGUAGAAACAAUGCAACUAUUGCUACUGUGAUUGCUACCACGUAUACUCCGGAAAAUACAUUGGGUGAUAAAAAGAACCAGCAGCUACAGCAGAAAGGGCGCACCCUUAUCGCUGUCGUGAAGAAGGACUGUAAAGAAUCUGCAGAUCUCCACAGUAUCGCUGGAAUUCGAUCACAGAUCCUGGCCACCGCCCGCCUGGAAGAUACCGAGUUUGAGACUUCGGUAACAAGACAUGUGGAGCGACAUCCUAGGGCGACUAUACCCUCAAUAGGCCCGUCCAUUAACUCAAAAUUGUCCUCUCAUACCGCCAAAGACCACGCAAGCGUGAAGCUGGAUACCUUAAAGCCAUCCCUGACAAAUGACUUCGAGGAUAUGAUGCCCUUCCAACAUGUGGCGACAGUAACAGGAACUACUUCUUCAGACGCGUCGAUCUUCUCUGCUUCGCUAACACCGACAUCCAUCAGUGCACCCCGACGACGGGUAUUACUAAAAGCCUCUCAGCACAACCUACAGCUGCAUCAGCAAACACAAUAUUCUGCGAAUACCCUGUCCCUGCAAGCUGAGGGCCUGUCAUCCUCAACAGCCUUUCCUGAUCUGGAUCAUUUCAACCUUGUCUUCCGCGAACUAUUCAGAUACACAGAACAGCUAGAACAACUUAACGAGCAGAUCCUUGAAGCCAUGACGCUCCAUCCAUCAGGGUCAAGGCCUAUCUUCGUCCUCUCACCUAUAUUGACCAGAAUGCCAACUUCGCCAGUCGAGGGCAGGAGACGGAUGAAAGGAAAAGAAAAAGUCGUCGAUCUGGAAGAGAAUCAACUCUGCAUCGCUCAGUCAUUCAGAGAUCUUGUCAUGGACUCUUGGCCGAGGAUCUACAAGAUACCAUCGGAGCCGGAAACAGCUCAGUUGACAAGGCGUCGAAUCAAGGUUGCGAAUGAACUGAAGGAUACAAUUACCGCGUUUUGGAGUGUGCAAACCCAUUUUCAGGAAAGAGCGCAGCUGAUAUUGGAUGUAUAUCAGGAUCCCACAGAGCUGGAGCAUGGGAAUAUGAUCCACAUUCUAAGAAGUCGACACCUCAACAAUCUCCUGACACAGGAACCCUUGGACCCACACGAAGUCCACCAACUCUUGGAGAAAAAUGGGCAACAUCAGGAGAAAAUAGAUUCGCUUUCGGAGCAACUGCAGGAUGUCUGGUUGAGUGCCCUGAUGUUUCUGAGUGACUCAGAACAGAGACAGUCUUCAAAGCUAGGGCGCCGACUGGGCAUCAGUUCAAUGUAUAUACACGGCGCCGCAUCAGCAUCGUCGUCCUACUAUAUCGACGAUCAUAGCUCAGUCGAGGAUCAACAUGGAAGUUUAUUCCAUUUGUGCGGAAGGAGGCUGUUGGAGCUCAAGGUCGCCGCAAUUCUAGUUGUAGGCGUAGGGAUGAUAGCGAUGGCGCUGGUAGUCAAUACUCGGUGAUCGUUUCUGCCAACCACGAUAUCCAAUAAACUUUAUUCGCUCAUCCCCGGUGCAGCGAC